GAUACAUAAACUACACUUCCCGGCGAAGAAGUGAGCGCCCAUAUGUUGUUUUUAGCUUAGCUGAAGUACAAAUAACCUGGACGAAGAAAGACGUCGAAUUUAGUUUCUCAGAAACCUGUAGAAUUUGAAGGUUCUCACAAACGUCCAGCAGCUACAGCGGCCUUAAACGGUGUGGAAAUAAUAAGUCAUGCCCGUUCACCGUGACCGAGAGAAAAAGGAGAGCACAGCGGAGGAGAUGGACGUAGAAGAUCAGGAGCAGGAGGCGUCCAGCUCAGAGGAGGAGGACUCCGACACCUCCUCUGUCUCUGAGGACGGGGACAGCUCAGAAAUGGACGAGGAGGACUGUGAGCGGAGGAGGACGGAGUGUCUGGAUGAAAUGUCCAACCUGGAGAAACAGUUCACUGACCUCAAGGACCAACUGUACCGUGAGCGCCUCAGUCAGGUCAACAGUAAGUUGACAGAAGUAGAGGCCGGACGGGCAGCGGAAUAUCUGGACCCUCUGGCUGUUCUCCUGGAAAACAUGCAGGUUCGCACUAAAGUGGCAGGAAUCUACAAAGACCUGUGUUUGGAGUCUGUGAAGAACAAAUACCAGUGUGAGAUCCAAGCAGCGUGUCAGCACUGUGAGAGUGAGAAGCUGCUGCUGUUCGACACAGUCCAGAAUGAACUGGAGGAGAAAAUCCGAAGACUGGAGGAGGACAGACACAGCAUUGACAUCACAUCAGAGCUGUGGAACGACGAGUUGUCAGGGAGGAAGAAGAGGAGAGACGUUUCGAGUCCAGACAAGAAGAGGAGGCGACCUUCUGUGGUGUCUGAUAUCCUUCCACUGCCCAGCCCUCUGUUAUUGAUCGUCAAUGUUGACCUCAACCCUCUGUUAUUGAUCGUCAAUUGGACUGAACUUAGAACAGCAGUGGCUACGCUGGGACCACACCGAGGAAAGGCCGACUCGGAAAGUUCCGCGUUCCCGUUCCGACCCGACAGGAACAGACCGAUACUGAACUGUUAGACCUCAUGGAGGAGCCACAAACAUCGGUCCAGAUCUUCCCAGAACUUUUCACCACAUCAUCAUCAUCAUCAGAGGAAACACACGUCUCUGCUGACGCUCACACCACAGACACACGGGUUCCCCCUGAUUCAAACAGUGACCUCUGCAGGCCUGUCAUGGAUGUGUUUCAUGAACAUAAAGUAGCAGUUCUGAAGGCAGCGAUCAGUAAACACCGUUAGUUUUAGUUUAACUCUCGACUCCGAAAGCAGUGGGUGAGAACGUCAGACUCCAUCACGACCAGACGCCACCUGCUGAGUCACUGCCGUCUGUGGAGUGUCGUUGGGCCUCUGUACAGACUCGCACCAACAGUUGGGAAACAUUCCCACUAAAUAUAUGACAGUUCUCAGGUCACACUUCACUGGCCAAUGAAAGAGCUGGGAUUUUUAGUACUAGAAACGUCAGGUGGUCGAUGUGAUCAGUUUAGAUCUGAACCUGGUCCAGGGUCAACACGGUCACUGGUUCAAUCCCUGGUCUUCCUGUGAGGAGUUUACAUGUGUUCCUCGUGUGUGUGUGUGUGUGUGUGUGUGUGUGUGUGUCCAACCACAGGCAGGAUGAUGUUGAUUAUUCACUCUGACUUGACCACAGGUGUGAAUGGUUGUUGGAUGACGUGAUUAGUUUUUUGUUGUAACGUAAACUGACAGUUUCUUACAGUCCACGGCAGCAGCAGCGCCACCUGAAGUUUACUCCACCAAAUGUCACAGAAAUGUGACUAAAGUCAAAGGUCACACAGACGUUGGCCAAUGAGAACGGGUCAAGGUCGAGCGUGGUCUCCUCCAAACCUGUUGACAGUAUACAGUCCUAGUGUCGUCCUCUGCUCCUACCUCCACUCUUCUUUUUUUAAUCCUGACCUGUGAUUGGUCUGAAUGUUUUCUGGAGUGUGUAUGAACAGAAACACACACUCUUUUCAACAAACAUAUUUUUAUACAGAGUUGUUUUUCAAAGAUCAAAGUCUCGGGGUCGAAACUCAAACAGUUAUUUUUCAACAAUUUGUGAAACGUCGGGUAGUAACGAUGGAAGUUUUUACAAUUAAAUGUCUCAACGUUUUU